GGGCCGGGCCGUGCCGGGACAGGCGGGCAGCGCGGCGGCGCGGCAGGAGGCGAGGGAGCGGCGCCGGGCCGGGGCCGCCCUGCCCCGGGGACGCCGGGCAGGUGUCGGGGCGCCGGGUCCCCCUGUGCCGCCGAGGUCUGUGAGCUGUGCUAUAUAUGAUCCUUAAGCGUUCCCUCUUUCGUUAUUCCCAACUGGCGUGUCUGGCUCUGCUGAGGUUGUAAUGGAGUGCAGUGACUUUGCUUCGGACUAGGCAGUGUGCUGACCGUGGUGGGAAGGAGACAUCGUUCUCAGCGGAGUGGAGAUCCUGACAACAAGCAUACCUGGGCAGCCACAGACACUCCCCAUCACUUCUUCCAUCAACCUUCCUUUCUGUGAGGGUAGCUGCAGUGAGUUCACACCAAACAUCCUGCCUUGACUGUGCUUUUGGUAGCUGGAGCCCAAAAAAUCCAUUCCUGUGAGAUCUGAUGGGGCUUGCUUUGGAUCUGCAGCCCCACUCCAGCAUGGCCUCAGGUGUUGCAGGGGGCUGCAGCAGGCAGCGGAGCCAAGGUCUGGGAAGCCGAUCGGGUCCAGGGCUGCUUCUGUGAGGGGAUGCACAGGGACAGCGAUGCCCAUCACGCAGGACAACGCAGGGGUCUACCUCCCCCUCCUGUGCCAGUGGCUGCAGAACAGCCGUCGGGAGGGGGCUGAGGGCGCCGAGCAGCAGCUCUGCCGCUCAGCUGUACAGAAGCUGAGUGAAUACAUCCAGCUCAACUUCUCUGUGGAUGAGAGCAAACUGCAGCCAGGCAGCUGUGGCACUUCAGAUACAGAGAUCUGCACCAUGUACCUGGCCCAGGAGAUGCGGAAAAAUGAAGUUCUUGGGUUGAGCUUUGGGAACAUCCCCGCUCUGGGGGACUAUGGGGAGAAACGUCGGGGAGGGAAGAAGAGGAAGGGGAAUAAGGGACCAGUGCUUGAUGUUGGGUGCAUCUGGGUGACGGACUUGAAGAAAAACAGCCCAGCUGGGAAGUGUGGGAGAGUGCAUCUUAAAGAUGAAAUCCUGUCUUUGAAUGGCCAGCUGAUGGUUGGCGUGGAUGUCACCGGUGCGAGUUACCUGGCCGAGCAGUGCUGGAAUGGCGGCUUCGUCUACCUGAUCAUGUUGCGCCGCAUCAAGCGCAAAGCCCCUCUUCCUCCCUCCAACGGCAACAACAGCAACAGCUGUGACCCCAAAGCCAAGCCCAGCCCAGAACCCAGCGACAGGGCUGCUCAGAAUGGGAAAAGGACCAGGAAGUUUGGGGUCAUCACCAGAACACCGGGCAGCAAGGACAGCAAAGAAAAGCCAGCCCCGGAGCACGGGAACGGGCACUGCACCCCGAUGGAGGUGGAGGUUACUCAGCCAGAGACCUUGGAAGCAGAAAGCAACGGGGAAGAGCAGAUUCAGGGCACUGGGGGACAGUACCGUUGCCGGCUGUCAGAUGGUGGUGUGCCAGACAUAGGUGACCAGUCUGCCCAGCGAGAAGGUUGCCGCAUAUGGAAGAUGCACAUUCUGAAGGGGACAGACGGGCUGGGAAUCCAGAUAACGGGAGGCAGAGGGUCAAAGCGAUCCCCUCACAGCAUCAUUGUCACCCAUGUGGAGGAAGGAGGCUCUGCACACAGGGAUGGCAGGCUGACGGCAGGCGAUGAGCUCCUCAUGAUCAACGGGCAGUCGCUGGUUGGGCUCUCCCACCAGGAUGCUGUGGCUCUUCUUCGCUCAGCUGCUGGCCUGGUGCAGCUGGUGGUCGCUAGCAAGGAAUCUGCUGAAGGGGAUUUUCUGAAGUACCCAUCUACCAGUUUGCCAGACUUGCUUAGCACUUGCUCAGUCCAAGACUCUGUCUCUUACACUGACAAUAAGGAAAACGAGGAGCCAGAAGAAGAAGAUGUGAAAGGAGUGAAUGCAUCUCCUGAAAAACCAGUCAUUGUAAUGGAAACUGAGAAGUCUCAAGAUCCAGCUUGUGCAGAAGCAUCCAAAGGAAGCAGCCCAAGUCCAAACCUGGGAAGUGGCAUACUGAAAUACAGAAGUCGAUCCCAAGGUGCGGGAUCCCGUUUGGAGUCCGUGGGAGAAGACGAUGAGCUGAUGGUGGAAAAUGGAGAAUCGACUUACGAAAUAGCAGUGAAAUAUUCCCGGGGUGGAAGAAAACACUCUCUGCCCCAGCAGCUGGAGUCGGCAGGAGCCAGGCAGGACUACCAUAUAGUGAAGAAAUCCACCCGUUCCUUCAGUGCUGCCCAGGUGGAAUCUCCAUGGAGACUGACCCAGCCAUCCAUCAUUUCCAACAUCGUCCUGAUGAAAGGGCAAGGCAAGGGUCUUGGAUUCAGUAUUGUGGGAGGUCAGGAUUCUGCUCGUGGACGCAUGGGGAUUUUUGUGAAGACCAUAUUCCCAAAUGGAGCAGCAGCUGCUGAUGGAAGGCUUAAAGAAGGGGAUGAAAUCCUAGAAGUUAAUGGAGAGUCUCUACAAGGACUGACCCAUCAGGAGGCCAUUCAGAGAUUUAAGCAACUCAAGAAAGGUGUGGUGACCCUGACAGUGCGCACCCGGCUGCGCAGCCCGAGCCUCACACCCUGUGUGACUCCCACCUUGCUGAGCCGCUCCAGUUCCCCCAGCUCCAGUGCUAGCGGUGGCAUGCCAGCCCCUGGUGCCGAUGAGGUGGACGGUUCCUCCUCCAGCCGCAAAGGACCUGGCCCAAAGGACAGGAUUGUCAUGGAUGUGACACUCAAUAAAGAGCCAGGGGUUGGGCUUGGCAUUGGUGCCUGUUGUCUCACACUGGAAAACAGUUCUCCAGGGAUAUACAUUCACAGUCUGGCCCCAGGAUCGGUGGCUAAAAUGGAUGGCCGAUUAAGCCGUGGUGACCAGAUCUUGGAGGCAGAUUCAGUGAGCCUGCGUCACGCAGCAUUAAGCGAAGCCUACGCCAUCCUGAGUGAAUGUGGUCCGGGUCCAGUCAGCCUAAUCAUUAGUCGGCAUCCUAACCCAAAGGUUUCUGAGCAGGAGAUGGAUGAAGCAAUCGCACGUACUACCCACCGAGAGAGCAAGGAUUCCAACUCCUCUCACAUGUCAGGAGCUGUACAAAAAAGUCCAUCUCCUAGUGUGAAGGUCAAACAAGGAGAGACCUCAUCUCCCCUCAGCUGGACUAUGAAACGUUUCCUGGAGCCAGCAAGCCGGCAGGGAUCUGUCAGCUCCGAGGCAGAGCUUUCCCAGUACUUCUCACAUGAUGGUACAAGCCAGCUCCCAUAUUCUGAUGCUGUAACAGGCUCCUGUGACGAAGAGCAGCUCCGUCAGAAGAACAGAAGCAGUUUGUUGGAUGAUGGCUCUCUUCUUCCUGGCAACCUGACUGCCAGAGAAGCAGGAGUGGCAAAAGCAAAUGGUCCGACUUCUCCUAGUACUGGGAGAUUGUCCAGUCUUCACAACAAGCAUGUGGAAUCUGUCAGACCAGGCAUCCUCAGUGACAGCCCCAAAUCUGCCCGCAGCCCCUUUCAUCGACAGAGAAGGGUUGUGUUCUAUGAUGGUGAUGUUAGUGAUGAUGAUGAAAAUUCCCACUUGCAAAGAAGCCAGAGGGCCAAGAGCCAGGAGGAUGCUGGCGUUGUCAUUACAACCUCGUCUGUAGAAAUCGAUGAUGAGAGCCAGGACAGUGGGUCACCUAGAUAUAGUAGCACAGAGACAUCUUCCCCUGUCUUCAGCAAUUCUGCGGAGUCUGCAGACAGCACGCUGGAGCAAAUUGACUCUUCCUUCUUCCCCAUCAUAGCGUUCGAUUACUCAAGUGUGCCUGAAGUUCGUCUUGGCAGCCUGAGUCUGAAGGAGCUCCGGGAAGCACAACUUGAAUCUAAGAGAUCCCCAAAACUUGAGCAUAGAGCAGUCACGAGAGUGAAAAGCAUGAUGAGCACUGAGUGCCGAAGCCUUCAGAGGCAGAGGAUGGAGGAGCAUGGCUCUUACAACAAGCCUAUUGCAAGGAUGCUCCCUCACAGCAAGAAGUGUGAAGCACCAGACGGAGCUGGGCAGGGCCAAGGUGAAAUAGUCACCUUGGUUCGCAAUGAGCACGAGUCAUUCGGCCUGGAUCUGGAAAUCCAGGCCAUGCCUUUAAAGGUUGUUGUCACAGGCCUGCGGCCAGGUGGAGCAGCAGAAAUGGGAUCAAUGGGCAAGAUGGCUGUAGGAGAUGAGAUUACCACCAUCAACAGUAUCCCAGUCAGUAAGAUGACGUACGAAGAAAUCUGUAUGCUUAUGCAGUGUCUUCCCACGUCUGUAACCCUGGAGAUCCAGAAAGUAACACCAGCUGUCAGCAGAUUUACAAACCUCAUCCUGUCUCCGGGGAUAGACAGUCAAAAUCAACCCGACGUCAACAGCAUCCUCGCAACUGAGGAACAGCCGAGUGCUGGGAAGCGAGGAGCAGCAGGUUUGCAAAGCGCUGGCUGUGCGGUGGAGAGAACAACAGUGCCACCUGAUGCCGCGAGCAGAGACGUGCAAAGAUGUACCAUGGAAAGCAGCCGCCCCGAGGACUGCGUUUCCAUCCCCGUCACCGAUAUCGAUGACCUGGUCAGCCGGAUGGGCGCUCCCGAGAGCAGGGCUUCACGCACCCCAUCGCGAGCGGAAAGCCCCCUCCGAGAGGAGUACACGACGAUGUGCUGCUGUGGGACCGACGAAGGUUGUCCGGGUUCUGAGCCACGAGUGGCCAAGGAGGAUCUGUUGGAAAAAACUGUGAAUUGUGGAGCUAACGCACAAGGGGUUUUGGGGCUGUCUGUGUUGGACACCAUAAACACAGGCAAACUUUUUACUGUGAAUAAAAACUCAUUAAAUAACUAUUCUAGAAAUUACAGCAGCUUAAAUGAGGAUGAGCCGCCUGCAGCAAACACUCUGGAAGGAAAGAGAAGCAAAUCAUUUCCAAAGUCCAUGUAUGGGGCUGCGGAGGAUUCUCACUCAGACACAGAGUCUGUCACAGAAGCCUUUGAUAGUGCUAAUGAGGUGUUGCUUGGGUCCUGCACUACUGCUGCUGCUAACACCUCUGCAGUCUGUACUGUAAUUGAGUCAGACGAGGAGCAGAUUGAGAUUUGUUGCAUGAACAGUGAGCCUCAAAAUCCCACACAGGAGCAGCAUCUGUCAUCUGCAAGACAAUCAUCCUCUGUGUCCCCACUGGACCCUUACAGCAGCAAGGGUUUACAAACUCAGAGCUGCGCAAUGUGUGGGUCACUAGAGACAAGCAUCAACAAACUAAGCUUAGAAGAUCAUGGUGGUUCCACUCCAUGUCUUUCACAGUGUUCAGAUGUGUCUUCUGCAUCCUUGUGUUCUCCUGCCUCAGUUUUCCUGCCAGAAAAAAACAUCCUAAAGAAUUCAGUCAGUAUUCCUGAAGUUUACUCUUUCUGUAACAACGGUGCCUUAAGUACAGAAGAAGAGAUGGGUUUGGGAAACAGUAACAGACGUAUGAAAUGCUGUGAAACCAUUGAAGAGGAAGGGUCUCUGCACUGCAAAAAGAUAAGCUUCUGCUCUGCUAGGAAUGUCAGUGGCUUGGAGAGCAACUUGCUUGAGAAAGAAGGGUAUCAUGAUGAGCAGAGAUCCAAAUCUGAAAGUGAAACAGUGGUUGAUGACUGUAAUCAUGCUGUUAGUUAUUGCUUAGUGAAGAAAGAAGCCAGCGGUUUGUCCAACUUGUGUAAAACAGACAGCAAUCAUGUGAAUGCAUCGUCAUCAAGAACAUUAUCUCUCAGGUCUCCUUUUCCCACUAAAUCUAAAGAUCCAAAGGCUAAUACAACUCAUGACUUGCCAGGGAAAAAUGAGAAAACUAACUCUGUGACUUCAGGAAGGACUUCAAAUGGAAAAGUCCAAAGCUCAGGCACAAACCACUGCAGAGGAGCUGCAGUACCGCACAGCCCAUCCUCACAGAAGAAAUCCUGUCAGGAAUCUAAAGGAAUGGCACAAAAAAGUAUAAUGGACACUCUUCUAAAUAAUCAGAAAGCCAAAGCAGGACCAAAGCUAAAAGGGUUCACCAUCAAAGGCAAAGCAAAAGCAAAUUCAGAUUCUUGUGGCAUUAGUCCUACCAAAGUCAGUGGGGUCAGUGGGGCUGAUCAGAAAAGGGCUUCUGUUUCUCCACAGCUGUCCCCCAAACUCACGGGGAAGAAAACACCAUUGUCCCGUAGUUCACCUACAAACUCAGAUCCUGGCAAGAGCAUUUCAGCAACCUCAAGGGCUCUGAAGUCAGAAAAUAGACCAUCUUUGGUCAUUUCUGAGGACUCACUUCUGCCUCUCCUGAAUGGCACCGGCAGCCCAAAAGCGAGUGGUGAAAUGAAAUGUGGCUCUGGGGAGCUACCAGACCUGCAGCAGGCAUGGGGAAAUCUAAAAGACAAACAAGUUUCCAUGCAGCCUGCAGUGUGUCAGGGUAAGGGUGCUAAGGUGGAUGAUUUCAGAGCCAGAGACAGUCAGUCCAAAGUCACUUCAUCUCAUCAGGGGAUGCCAAAAGUUGAAUACAUGAAAGGGAGGACUGAGAACCCUGGAACAGGCCUGAAUGCAAUCAAGAGCAUCUAUAGUGCAGAUGACCUUAGGCAAUUAGAUCUGCAAAAUGUAGGACCAUCUGCUUCGUUCAGGUCUCCCUCAGUUCAGCAGGAACAGCUGGAAGGACAGGAGAUCCAGCGGACUUUCAUUGAGGUGAAGCUUUCCUCCUCAACGUCAUCCUCUUCCUCCUCUUCCUCUGCCUCUUCCUCACCAGCAUCAUUUUUACAGCUGCCGUUGCUGGAGAAAACAGAAGAGGUGAACACAGAAGUGCCUCGUCUGGCUGAGGAAAUGGGGACUAUGCAAUAUUUCUCAAAAGCAAAUACUGCCGGAGACAGAAGUCUCUAUGGCUUGUCAAAGCCUGUGACAAGGACUUACUCGAUGCCAGCCCAGUUAUCAGGUCACUUGAGGGAGGAAUGCCAUGUUGCAGAGGGUAACUCUGUACAAGGCCCCCAGAGCCAUGCUGCAAAUGAGAAAUACCCCCAGGCAGCAACAGGGAUGUUAAAGACGGUCCAUCUGAACCUCCCAAAUGGCCAGAAGGAGCAGGCAUACACCCCCAAGAGCACCCAGAGGGUCCAUGACACAUCACCCUCAGCCAGUGACAUUAGCUGCCCCACUAUCGAUAAGCUGAGGAGCUUCAGGAGGAAUUACUACUACUACGAGCUGAACUGGCCACAUGAACCUAUCUCAUCCUUCUCCGUCAAACAGAGGAUCAAAUCCUUUGAAAACCUGGCAAAUGUCGACAGGCCCGUCGUGAAGGCCAUCGAUAUACACUCAGCCGUGAGGUCCCCUCUCGCCAGGAGGUCCUGUGGUGGGAUGGUACCCACAGCCAGCCCUGCCGAGACACCACGGGCUUUGCGACGCAGCUUGAGCUCCUACGGCGGCAGCCCAAGCCCUGCCAACACCAUGGCCAAGGCCCCCUCCAGCGCAGAGCCCAUGCGUGUGGCAGAGAGCAGCGGGGCAGAAGGAAGGCCCCAGAGGAGCGAGGAUGGUGGCACUGGCGCAGACACAGCCUCCACCUCACAGGCACGCCGCAGCCGGGGCCUGGGGCGUCCACCGCUGUCCCGUUCCAGGCUGCGGGAGCUGAGGGCCCUCAGCAUGCCCGACCUGGACAAGCUGUGUGAAGACUUCUCCGGGCCACCACAGCCUGCUUGCUUCAAGACGGAGCUGGAGAUCACCCCCCGCAGAGCCCUUGGCGUGCCUGCCCUGGGUGACACAGCCCCACCAGCCCGUGGUGGUCCCACGAUGGGAACGGGUGUCAGCAGCCCUCAGGACAGCGGCUCGGGGACACCAGGCUCUGCAUCGGAUGAUGACAUGCCCCAGUGCAGCUCUCCGGAUGGGGAGCACUCUGAAAACAGCUGGUCCAUCAGCUUGGAUCAGCUGCUUGUCUCAACCCUGGACCAGCAAAAACUGCAGUCUGUUUUGUCAGUUGUAGUACCAAAAUGUGACAUUGCUGCUAUGCUCCAAGUUGUCAAAGCACAAGUAAAGAGCAAAGAAGACACAUACUUUGUAGUCUUGCACAAAGAAGAAGGAGCUGGCCUGGGAUUUAGUGUUGCUGGAGGAACAGAUCUGGAACAGAAAUCGGUCACAGUCCACAGAGUGUUUUCAAAGGGAGUGGCAUCUCAAGAAGGGACUAUUCGUCGGGGAGAUCUUGUUGUGUCAAUCAACGGCAAGUCUCUUGAGAACUCAGUCCAUGGGGAUGUCCUGACUACUCUUCAUCAGGCAAGACUGUACAGAUAUGCGGUCAUUGUCAUCCAGAAGGAAAAAGACAAGGCAAACAAUCCCUCCAGACUUGAGAUAUCAGCUACUGGCAGAAAAUGUGUGGGGUCUGGAAAGGAUGUUUCCAUGGAAAUGGGAACAGAUCCAAACCUGGAUAUGAAUGAUGUCAUCUGCGUUGAAUUGCUGAAAACCUCUGCUGGCUUGGGAUUCAGUCUUGAUGGUGGAAAAGCUUCCAUUGCUGGAGAUAGGCCCUUGCUUGUGAAAAGAAUAUUUAAAGGUGGUGCUGCGGAGCAGUCUGGAACCAUAGAAAGUGGAGACGAAAUUCUUGCUGUUAGUGGAAAAUCAUUGCUUGGUCUCAUGCAUUACGAUGCCUGGAACAUUAUUAAAUCUGUGCCAGAGGGCCCUGUUCAGUUACUAAUCAGAAAACACAGAACUUCAGUGUGAUAGAAUCACUACAUCUGAUCACACUUACUAAGACAAAACCUUUAAACCUGGCUAGAAGCUUUGUUUCUAAAGCCACACAGAAGUGUCUUAAUGCUCUACAGAGAGGUGCUAAGAGCCUUGAAGAACCACUGAGCAAGGAUGUGAUGAGCAUCAUAAAAUCUCACCUAAUUAUAGAGGAUGAAGGAAGCCAAAAGUUAGAGACAUUUUUGUAUUAUGUGGCAGUUUUAAUGGAACUUCAAGACCUCUCCUGGGUUUGAUUUAAAGUAUUUUAAUCACAAUAAAUAACACUGUGCCUGUCCCUGAUAUUUUAGAAUCUGCAGAGCGUUGGGAGUAUAACUUGUUGGUUGCCAUCCUGUUGACAAGGAUGAGUAUUUAGCCUGUACUAUAUUAUGUAGCUGUAAUAAGACUUCAGGAUACUUACCUAGGGUUUGGUCCUUUUUUUGUUGUAAUAAGAGAAUGUCUGGAACAAUCUCACUUUAUUCUUCUAAGUGCAGUUUUGCUAAGAAUGCAUGACAAAAGAGUAUAAUUUUGCACAACUUUUAUGGCUAAAACAUGAGCAUUUUAUUGCAAAGCUGAAAAAUCCUUUUAAAACUGAUCAACUAACUCAGUAUCCACCACAACUGAAUCUGCUCUUGGAUGCAACUUGUAUCUGAAAGCACUUGACAUUAAUGCAGUAGAAAUUUGUGAGCAAGAAAAUCAUGUCCAAAUGAUAGGUGAUUGUCCACAAAGGGGUAGACUGAGAUGUUAGUUGUGAUUAAAAUGAGAGCAACAAAAAUUGGGGCCUGAAUUGUCAAAUUUAGGCUUUUAAUGUUAGGCACCUUUAAAACACAUAUAUUUUUAAAAGAGAGAGAAUUUCAAGUGCAGAGCACUUGUGCAUCCCACAGACUUCAGCUACAGCUAAGUACGUCACAAAGCCAGGCUGCUUUUUUUUGGCAGCAAGAGAAUUAAGGCUGCCUGACUUGAAAGACUCAGGCUGGAGAAUGGCAGUCUAGUAGGGAUUAUAAGAGAUUAAAUCUGAACUGGAUGUAUUUGUGGGUUUUAAUCGCUCUUUUUUGUUUUCUCCUGUCCAAUACCUAUUUUUGCUUGUGUGAAACUGGGUAAGGAAGUUUGUGGAACAUACAAGUGCACCCACCUGCAUCAGGAACAGGCUGAUGCCUGAGGCUUUUGGGUGAUGAAACUGAAAACUGUGUAGAUGGGAGAAACCAUGAAGUUAGAUACAGCAAAACUGAAAGGGUUGCUGUGCUAUGGAUGCUUACUUUGGAUUUUCUCACCUCUACUAAACAGCAGGGGUAUCAGUAGCAAGCCAUGCUACUGUUACUUACAGUCUGCUGUGUUGGGAGGAAAGUGUAUGGUGCAAAAGAUUAGACUCUGUUAUUUCUCUUUGUACAUCUGGGAUAGCUAAACAACAUAAAAGAAAUGCAGGAGGAAAUGGGCCAGUGUCCUUAUCAGCUGAGAACAAGUUGUUUGUUCCAGAGUGUUCAGGUUGUUUGUCGUGGUAGGCUGAAGACUGCUUGCAGCCAGCAUGCCCAGCAUGAAGAGCUUUCAGCCUGAAACCAGUCCAAAUCUGACAUGCUGCCUACAUUCAUAGUAAGCCAAGACACUAUGUAGCUGUUACAAAAAGGUCUGGGCUUGUUGCUUGGCCCUACCCCAAGACCAUACUAUAGUUCAGUUUAUUUACAUUCAUUCCACAGUGAGUACUUGGAGCAUAUGCUCCCAGGUUACUGGAGCUCUCACUUUGGUUCAUUUCUGUGACAGCUUCAUUAGCCUGCAACUCAUGAUGUGCAGAGGAAUAUUCAGUUCUGUGAGGCAACCAGAUGAGCAAAAAAGAUGUGCAGUGUUUGCUAAAAACGAGCAGAUUAAAUUCUUUUUCAGUGACAUAUUAGCAUGUGAAUCCAGGAAGAGAUGCCACUUUGGUUACAGGAAAGGGAAUACUGUACUGCUUUGCCUGCAGGAUUUCUGUUAAAACUAAUUCAGGUUAAGUGCUGUGAAAUGACUCUGGAGUUGGGUCACCUGUGACCCCAAAGCUCAGACACUCUGUCAGGACUGGUCCUUGCCUCUGGUCACCUUUGUGGUGGGAGAAGCUUCAGGAGGAUGCAGCACUUGGGGUCAGAGGAUCACACUGAGGUUGCAGGCCUGCACUGGGAUAAAAAAGGUUACCCUUGCAUAUUUGCUGAAAACAGGGAGAAGACAUUUGGCAAUGGCAAUUAAAUGGUGAGGCCUUGUUCAGGAGUGACCAAAAUCUGACUGUAAUAGCGUGUAUAAUAGAUACAUAAAAUGCAUGUGGAAUUUAAUGCAGCGUAGUGAGUACAUACCUGUAUACGUAUAAUACGUACAAGUGCAGUACUGACUUUUUGCUAUUUUAAUGUGGUAAAUCAGAAUCGUGUUUUAGGAAAUGGCUUUUUUUUUUUUUUUUCCUUUUUUCAGUCCACAGUUUAAAAUUUUGGAGGUUCCAACAUGGGGAGGUGUAUGUCUCCCUCACUCAUAAACUGGUGUAGCUCAAAGGUAAAGUCUUCAUUUUGUAAAUUAAGCUCAAUUUGAGGUGUCCUAAGAUGAUACGUGGUGAGUAUUUUCAGACGCUUAUUUGCAGGUACUGUUCAUUGUGAGUGAUUUAGAAGGCUUUCAUUUUUCAGUAACCAAGUACUGUUCAGUAUUUUAUUUUACAUGCACGUAGAUAUGUGUUGGCUGAGUAACAGCAAGGAAAAGCGGGGAUUUUUUGUGUGUGAUUCAGUAGUGGCUAUAAUUUAAAAGAUAGGUUUAAUAUUUUAAGUCUGAUAGUUACUAUGGGGUAGAAUGGUACACUACUAACAUUAGAGCAAGAAAAAGAAUAGUAUUUAACCCUGUUUCUGUUCCUGAAAAUACUUUUUGUGUGUGUGUGUGUAAAAGAACCAAAAAACAUCUUUACAGAUGCUAGCAGUGUUGAUACAAUUACAGUAGCAUUUCCUGAUGUCUUUGUGGGGGGGACUUUCCCUAUAAGGCCCCAGGAAUUGUGCAAUAUGGGUGUCUGGUUAGAUCAAACAGAUGUAGUGAACCUCCAGUUAUGCACCUGGCAAAGUCAAUGUUAUUUUUCCGAGAGCCUGGUUGCACUAAGAUGACAGAGGGCGUUGCAUUAGUUCAUCAGUAUUCAGUAGGUUCAUGAGCAUUUUUGGCCCUGGUGUUUGUGUAUCAGUCCCCACGGUGAUGCUUUUCCAUGCCACAGGGCUGGCCAAGCUCUAGGAGAGUGUAGACUCUACGGAGAUUGCAGCUGCAUCUUGGAAGACCAAAAAAAUCAGGAUGAAGUUAUGCACUUGGUUCACAACCCUACCAGGGACCUGAAGGCAUUCAGAUAAGGUGAAUUUGCUCUUAGAUGGAGGAGGUCUGGUGGAUGCCUUUGCCAUUCCCAGGCCUGGGGCAGCUCAGAGUGCGCAUCCUGGAUAUGAGAGUGGGCUCCGGUGUGAUACUGCCAUUGCAUAUUCUGCAGCCUUUCGUGCCUGGAAAUUCUGUCUGGGUUCUGUGGGGACCACAUCUGAAUUAAAAACUGUGAGAUUAGGCCUGAAUUAGGGAGAGAACAUCUGAGUACUUUCUUGCUAAAAAAAUAAUACGAGUUCAGAUAAAUAUUAAGAAGCCUGUUGAGUGAUUUGUAUUCUCUAAUGACCUUCGCUUAAAAUUAACUCUAGUUAAUUUUAAUAGUUCUGCAGUGGUUCUUGUCAAAAUCUGAAUGAACUGCGUGCAGAUGGGGAUAUUUACCUGCUUCUAUGUUUAGGGUAUGUAAAUGUACAAGUGGAAAUAUUGAUGAGCAGUAGACUAGAUCAUGUGAGAAAUGGGGAUCCCACUGUACUUGGUUUUUGUGUGUUAGGCUGAUACACUUAUUGUAUGAUACUGUAUAUUUACACUUUUAUUUAUAUAAAUAAAACUUCUUAAUGAAAACUGUUUAAUAUGCCUUGUAUAUUAUAAAAAAGUGAGUGCAAUAACAUGAAAUAGAUUGUACAUUUUUCAAUUUGCUGUCUCUGUUAUGUAAAUCUGUAUCUCCAUAAACUGUUUUGUUUGGGUUUUUUAGUGAUUUUGAAAAUAAAUGGUAUCCUUAGUACUCCUCUA